AUGACAAGAAACCCGUUCAUGGUGGAGCCUUCGAGUGGCUCUCCCGGCAGGCGUGGGGCUUCUAACCUUUCGAGGUUUUAUACAAACACCAGCAGUAACCCCCGGUGGGCCAACGGCAGUUCGGAGAGCUUGGAGGAGGGCUACGAACAGUCAAACGUCUUUCAGGGUCUUCCUGUGUCUCCUUCCAGGGCCGCGCUAAGGUAUUCUCCAGACCGUCGCCAUAGGACUCAGUUCUAUCGUGACAGUGCCCAUAACUCCCCCGUUGCUCCCAACAGGUAUGCUGCUAAUUUGCAGGAGUCUCCGAAGAGACCAGGUGAAGCUGUUAUACAUCUGGGCGACGGCAGCAACCUUUAUCCUCGCGAGAACACAGACUUACCGGUAGACCCCUACCACGUGUCUCCCCAACAACAGCCCAGCAACAACCUAUUUGGUAGUGGCAGACUGUAUUCUCAAAGCUCGAAGUAUACAAUGUCUACAACCUCCACCACGGCGCCUUCCCUGGGAGACGACGAGAAAGAGAAAUACCUCACUUCCACCACAUCAUAUGAUGAUCAGUCUACGAUUUUCUCUGCAGACACCUUCAAUGAAACUAAGUUUGAACUGAACCAUCCGACAAGACAACAGUAUGUAAGACGUGCUAAUUCUGAGAGUAAAAGAAGAAUGGUUUCAGACUUGCCUCCCCCCAGCAAGAAAAAGGCACUGUUGAAACUAGACAACCCAAUUCCAAGAGGAUUGCUAGACACUUUGCCCCGUAGAAACUCCCCAGAGUUUACAGAAAUGAGAUACACGGCUUGUACCGUUGAACCAGAUGAUUUCUUAAAGGAAGGUUACACUUUGCGGUUUGCGGAGAUGAACAGGGAAUGCCAAAUCGCCAUCUGUAUCACAAUGUAUAACGAAGAUAAGUACUCCUUGGCAAGAACCCUUCAUUCGAUCAUGAAAAACGUUGCUCAUCUUUGCAAACGUGAAAAAUCUCAUGUCUGGGGCCCCAAUGGCUGGAAGAAAGUCUCUGUUAUUUUAAUUAGUGAUGGUAGAGCCAAAGUCAAUCAAGGAUCUCUUGACUACUUGGCUGCUUUGGGUGUUUACCAAGAAGAUAUGGCCAAAGCCUCUGUUAAUGGUGAUCCCGUGAAGGCGCAUAUUUUCGAACUGACAACUCAGGUCUCCAUCAAUGCGGAUCUGGAUUACGUUUCCAAAGACAUUGUCCCAGUACAGUUAGUCUUUUGUCUAAAAGAGGAAAACAAGAAAAAGAUCAACUCUCAUCGUUGGUUGUUCAAUGCCUUCUGUCCCGUUUUGCAGCCCACCGUCGUCACUUUGGUCGAUGUUGGUACGCGUUUGAACAAUACCGCCAUUUAUCGGUUGUGGAAGGUGUUUGACAUGGAUUCAAACGUCGCUGGUGCCGCUGGUCAAAUUAAGACUAUGAAGGGUAAAUGGGGAUUGAAACUUUUCAAUCCACUAGUCGCGUCGCAAAAUUUUGAAUACAAAAUUUCGAACAUUUUAGAUAAACCAUUGGAAAGUGUCUUCGGUUAUAUCUCGGUUCUUCCCGGUGCUUUAUCCGCAUACAGAUACAGAGCUCUGAAAAAUCAUGACGAUGGAACUGGACCCCUAAGGUCGUACUUCCUUGGUGAAACUCAAGAAGGUAGGGACCAUGAUGUCUUUACGGCAAAUAUGUAUUUGGCUGAAGAUAGAAUUCUUUGUUGGGAAUUGGUUGCCAAGAGAGAUGCCAAAUGGGUUUUGAAAUAUGUCAAAGAAGCCACUGGUGAGACUGAUGUUCCUGAAGACGUUUCUGAGUUUAUUUCUCAAAGAAGACGUUGGCUGAAUGGUGCAAUGUUUGCUGCAAUUUAUGCUCAAUUACAUUUCUAUCAAAUUUGGAAAACCAAACAUUCCGUUGUACGUAAAUUCUUCCUGCACAUUGAGUUUCUUUACCAGUUUAUCCAAAUGCUAUUUUCCUGGUUCUCCAUUGCAAACUUUGUCCUUACCUUCUAUUAUUUGGCUGGCUCAAUGAAUCUAGUUAUUAAACAUGGUGAGGCUUUGUUCAUUUUUUUCAAGUAUUUGAUCUUUUGUGAUUUAGCAAGUUUGUUCAUUAUCUCUAUGGGUAAUAGGCCUCAAGGUGCAAAACAUCUCUUCAUUACGUCUAUGAUUAUAUUGUCUAUUUGUUCCACAUAUUCAUUGGUUUGCGGGUUUGUAUUUGCCUUUAAGUCACUAACUUCUGGUACGGAAUCACACAAAAUAUUCGUUGAUAUUGUUAUCUCACUGUUGUCUACCUAUGGUCUUUACUUUUUCUCAUCCCUCAUGUACCUGGAUCCAUGGCAUAUGUUUACAUCAUCCAUACAAUAUUUUUUGACGCUUCCUGCCUUUACAUGCACUCUACAAAUUUUUGCCUUUUGCAAUACGCACGAUGUUUCGUGGGGUACUAAAGGUUCUACACAGGAGUCUAAACAAUUAUCUAAGGCCAUUGUGGUGCAAGGUCCAGAUGGUAAACAGAUCGUGGAAACGGAUUGGCCACAGGAAGUUGAUAAGAAAUUUUUGGAAAUAAAAAGCCGCUUGAAAGAGCCUGAUUUCGAAGAGUCAAGUGGUAACGAAAAGCAAUCCAAGAAUGACUAUUACAGAGACAUAAGAACCAGAAUUGUGAUGAUAUGGAUGUUAUCGAAUUUAAUACUAAUCAUGUCCAUCAUUCAAAUUUUCACACCACAGGAUACAGACAAUGGUUACUUAAUUUUCAUUUUAUGGUCGGUCGCUGCUUUAGCUGCCUUUAGAGUAGUCGGUUCUAUGGGCUUCUUGUUCAUGAAAUACUUGCGUAUAAUCGUAAGUUACAGAAAUAAAGUAGAAGAUAGCGGAUCUUGGGAAGUUUCCAAACUGGAUUUGACUAAAGUCUUCCAUAAAAAAGGUUAA